CGCGCUCCUGCCUGCGACAGCACAGCCGCGGUGUGGUCGCUCUGAACGCACGUUAACGGAAAGGAAAAAAAACACUCCACACGUCGGGAAGGCCUCCGCCACACUCUACACCCUGUUGCAGUCACAGCGGCGUCGGAUAUAAACACAGACACGCACGUUUUUCUGAUCCUAGUCGCUCUUUUUUUUUACAUUUAAAAGCCUUUUUAAAAGACAGUCCUCGUAAUGGCGACAGCUGCGGUGUCUGCCCCAACUGGCAGCGGCCCCAGCCCCGGGCCGGGAACGGAGCUGGUCCGCGGGCAGGCCUUCGACGUCGGGCCUCGGUACAGCAACCUCUCCUACAUCGGCGAAGGCGCCUACGGGAUGGUGUGCUCUGCCUACGACCGGGAGAACAAGAUACGCGUGGCCAUCAAGAAGAUCAGCCCCUUUGAGCACCAGACCUACUGCCAGCGCACCCUGAGAGAGAUCAAAAUCCUUCUGCGCUUCAAGCACGAGAACAUUAUUGGAAUCAACGACAUUAUCCGUGCACCGACCAUCGAGCAGAUGAAGGAUGUAUAUAUUGUCCAGGAUCUAAUGGAAACAGAUCUGUACAAGCUCCUGAAGACUCAACACCUGAGCAAUGACCACAUCUGCUACUUCCUCUACCAGAUCCUCAGAGGGCUCAAGUAUAUCCACUCUGCCAACGUACUACACCGUGACCUGAAGCCUUCCAACCUUCUCCUCAAUACCACCUGUGAUCUCAAGAUCUGUGACUUUGGUUUGGCUCGUGUGGCUGAUCCCGACCACGAUCACACUGGUUUCCUCACAGAGUACGUAGCCACUCGUUGGUACCGAGCUCCUGAGAUCAUGCUCAACUCGAAGGGCUACACCAAGUCCAUAGACAUCUGGUCAGUGGGUUGCAUCCUGGCUGAGAUGCUGUCCAACAGGCCAAUCUUUCCGGGGAAGCAUUACUUGGAUCAGCUUAACCAUAUUUUGGGAAUUCUGGGUUCUCCCUCACAGGAGGAUCUCAACUGCAUCAUCAACAUUAAAGCCAGGAACUAUCUCUUGUCACUGCCUUUGCGCUGCAAAGUGCCGUGGAAUCGUCUCUUUCCCAACGCUGAUCCAAAAGCUCUGGACCUGCUGGACAAGAUGUUGACCUUUAACCCUCACAAGAGGAUCGAGGUGGAGGAGGCACUGGCACACCCCUACCUGGAACAAUACUACGACCCCACAGAUGAGCCUGUUGCUGAGGCCCCAUUUAAGUUUGACAUGGAGCUAGAUGACCUACCCAAAGAGACACUGAAGGAGCUCAUCUUUCAAGAAACUGCACGUUUCCAGCCCAGCUUCAGGUCCUAACAUCCCACACAGAUGAUUCUGCGGACUGGCUCCUGCGUUGCCACUGCUCCUCCCCGCCUCCACACUGUUGCUGUGAUAUUAUAUUAUUCAUUUUUAUUUUAUAUUUUUUUUUAGUUUGGGUUGGUUUUUGUUUGAAUGCUCCUCUGCCGAUGUCCACAUCUCCUGGAUUCCUUGGGUCUCACUCGUCAAGUCCACUUUGCUCAGGAAUGGCGUCAGGAAUCAAUCAAUCAAAUCAUCCUCUGUUUUGCUUUCUUUUUCUCUCUUUCUCUCUCGGAGGUGAGGACAGGUGAGGGGAGGGCGGGGUCACAUCACAGCUUACAGGGGUGGUUGGGGUUGUGUGUUUUAAGCCAAGUUAAGCAUUUUUUUUCUACCUGUGUGUCUCAAACAACAGGGGUUGGGGGGAGUUGGCUCUGGCUAUUACUAUUCAAGACCUUUAAUGUCCAGUUGAAUGAUGGUCAUAGACUAGCUGUUCUUUUCUCUGCCUUCAUUGCACAAACAACAGAGGGUUACAUCUAAGGAUCAUUGAUCGGAGGAGUUUUCUAAUACUCGUCGCAGUGUUACAGGGGAUGCAGUCUACUUUUUUCCUUCUCUUUAGAAAAAAAAAUCCAAAUUUAACGACCUGAUUUAUGCAAUGAAAUCACUGAAUCAGCCAGAGGUUCUGCAGGCAACAAGCCAUCAGUCAGUGAGGACCUAUGUUUUAUCGAACGCUGUAUUUUAAUUAACACACACAAGGCCCGAAUGCAAAUAUAUACAUAUAAAGACAUAUAUAAAUAUAUGGCCUAAAGAGUCUUAAGAUAUUUUAAAGGUGAGAAUUAGGAUUUCCUGUCUCAUCAGCUCGAGGAGGAAAGUUUCCACCUUAGCUGUGAGGAAUUUCCCACACGUCUGUAUGUACAGGGUGGUGUUUUUCAUGUUGGGUUGGGGGAGCUUUACCGCAUCAGGACAAGAAUUCAGUUACCGCUCAGCGCUUGUUUUGUCUGGAGGAAAUGUUGUUGUGCCUCCCCAUUUCUUUGUCUUCUUUUCUUCUUCUUUGUGAGUCUCUGUUGAUCUCUCUCUGUCUCUCUCUCUCUCGCCUUGUUAGAAUAAAACUGUGCCCUUUGCAUGACUGUUAAAAGCUCUGUAUACAAAGACGACGAUGUUAAGUGCCACACAAGCCGGGCGGAUCCACCGGGAGAGCGCCCAGGCUCUGUCCGUUCUAUCUUUUGUGGUAUAUCACACUUUCCACACUCACGGUGCUUUUUGUCCUCUUUCUUUCUGUCGCUUUCACAACCUCUCUGUCCAUUUUUCUUCUGUCUUGUUUUUUCUUUAUUUCUUCAGAUUUCAACUUUUUGUUUCUUAGAUAAACUCCAUCUACAUGCUGUAAGACAUCUUGUUGUGGUUGCAAAUAGGAGAAUAACCAUAUAACUGUAUUUAUGCCAAACACACACACACACACACACACACACACACACACACACACACACACAUGUCUGGUUUGCUAUCCUCGUGGGGACAUCCCAUUGACAUAAUGCUUUCCCUAGCCCCUUACCCUAACCCUAACCAUUAAAAAUGAAUGCCUAACCCUAACCCUUACCCUAAACCUAACCAUAACCUAAUUGUAACCCUGACAGUAAAACCGCAUUUUGAGUGUGAAAAUUGCUUUCAACCCCGAGGGGACCUGGAUUUUGGUCCCCACGGUGCAGAAAGUCCCCACCAGGAUAGUAAAAGUCAGAUUUUGGUCCCCACCAGGAUAGUACAAACCCGUACACACACACACACACACACACACACACACACACACACACACACACACACACACACACACACACACACACACACACACACGUUUCCUGAACCUGACAAAUGGGAUCCAGGCAUUAUAAAGUUAGAAAUUAUGCUCAGAUAUAACAGAUCAUGUUUGUUUUGUUGUGGGGUUAUUUGUUUUUGUUUUUUUGCUUUAAAUUGCACAUUUUAAUGCUGAUAGCCGUUAGCAGGGUCAGCGCCAGCAGCCGACUGCAGUAAAACUAAAAAACAAAAAGAAAUGCAGCAGAAGUCAAGACCAUAAUUCCACUUUUUGUCAGUAACUGCUGAUUAAAGACUGUUGAAUUUGAAGGUUUUAUUUCAAGUGAGAGGAGCUUAAAGAUUACACAUAUAUCGAUGUGUGUGUGGAUUUGGAAACUUGGGGCGCAAAAACGGGAUGAAAUCCCCAAAGCUUCAGCAUCUAUCCGUGUCACUUCACGUGAGAAGCACUGCAGUGUUUAAAUAUAUUUGGCUUUAAUGGCACACCUGACCUUAGGUUGGGUUGCAGAACUGCAUAUUCAAAUUGAAACCUCUUGGUAAGGUGUGCAUGACUCGUGUUAGUUACGAUAUUAAAACAUUUCAGAGUACAUCAAAUUUCAAAUCUACCUGAAUGGAUUCUUCAAGAAUCUGACUCUGCUGCACUUAAAGUACAAAAUUGAAAUCUUUUAUUAAAAGAUUUUUCUUUUCUGUUUUUCCGUGCAUGUGGUCAGUCGCAGAGGUAAACUCAUGAUUUUUAUGUUUCUCUGAGGAGACGAGCCAAGUUUAAGUCAUUUUAAAGUUGAUCUCUCCGAGGGCGGAGCUGCUCUGGUCGAUAAUAAAUCGCAGAGCCAAAGAACCUCAGUUUUACUUUUUUCGUUCUGACCUAAAUGACGUUAGACUGAAGCUGAGCGGAGCCACGACAGGAGCUCUGCUGAGAUGCACUCAAGCCAUAAUCGGUCAGCCAGCCAGCCCAUUGCACCUCUGACCACUCCCAACUGUGAUGUCACGGCGUACCGACACACCUCUCGAGUACACGUCAACAUCACUGCAGCCACGUGAUGUUACGCCAAUGAAAGUCGGCAAAAACGAGCGUUAAGACUCGAGAUUAACACGCUGACUUAAGACGAAAGCAAAUGUUUUCUGGGUCUGCAGAGUUUUCUGGAAAGAACAUGUAAUUUUGCACCAACUGACGGAUAAUUGGAGUCGUCUUUAGAGCGAACAGUUCAUUGAGAAGCAAAGAUGGCAAAUUGAGAAUAAUGAGAAUCCAUGAGCUUCAGGUAGUAAAUGAAGUGAUGCAGUUUUAAAGGUACUUUCUGCAGUGACCCUCUGCAGAGUUUAAUGAACUUUCACCACCAGGGGCAUUGUUACCCAUGGAUGUGUUCAGAUAGUUUCAGAUAUGUGCCCCUUUUCUCAUAAAUUUAGUUUUAGCCCUGCCCUUUUCCCUAGAGGCCGGUUUGCGACCUCCUGUCAGUCUCUGUUUAGAUCACGGUUUUUACUGGCUGGGUUGCUGAGAGCUGCAAAGAGGGCGCUGCAGUCACCUGUAAUUUGUCAGGGAGAUGCUGACUAAUCAGCAAAAACAGCCACUGAGUAAGUUAGUAACUUGGUCUCACUGUCACAGGUGUUUGCAGACGAGUCGGCAUGUUUCUUGCAAACUACGGGACUUGCCUGUCACAAGGUCUUUGGCGCAGAGCUGAAACUAGUUUCACUUAAUAACAGCACGCAGCUUCCUGCAGCCUCUCACCAACCAUUGUUCUACCACGGCAUUACUCAGCAGUCGACUUUACAUCAACCGCUCAAAAAUCGUAACCUGAUGAGCUGUGGAUGCCAGCUGGUUUCCUGCUGGCCUCUAAGCCUGUGUGACUGAGGCCCUUAAGCUCGCCUGGUUUCAUCAACAUUACAUUGACUCAUUGCGCCAUCUUGUGGUAUAAACUCAGAUGACAGUACAGCUGGCCCCCAGUUCAGUUUCUACUGAUAUUGCAUAAACACGAUAGGAAGGUGUUCUGAACGUAAAGUCAAAGAAGCUGAUUCUUCAUUCUGCUGACAAAAAGUACCUUUCAACACGUUUUUUCCCCCAAGACAGACUUUAUUGUAAUUUUUAAAACAUAAUCAAACAAAUCAGCAUUAGAGAAAAAAAAAAUUCACAUAAAGAGGAGACACCUCAAACCCUGACUGCUUUACAGAAGAGAUUAAAACUUUGUGAUUUUCAAAAGUUCAAAAAAAAAGAAAAAAAAAGGUCCAGCUGAACACAUUUUCCCAGUGAUCAGGGUAAAACUGCGCGGUCUUUCAGUAAACUCACAGACCUGUACAAAUAAAGUUUGUUUUGUAAAUGUAUACUUUAAUCUUUUGGAUCAGAUUUCCCUCUUUGCUAACAUCUGAAAAAAGACUAUUUUUGGUUCAGUUUGCAGAGAUUUAACUAAAAAAAUAUAGUUCAUGACCAAAACUCUGAUGCAGAAAUGACAGUUUUUGCACUCAAAUUAAAAGACGCUGAGAUUCGUCUGUCCCAGUGCUCCAACGCUCGCUGCAUACACCCGUCUGUCACACGAUUAUUAAAUGCACUUGCUUCUACAGUACUUGGGAUGGGACUUGUAAUCCGAGGUGCCUGCCGGGACUUGACUCGCCUGUAGAUAGCCUUUUUUGGGGGGCGGGGGGUUUAGCGAGAACAUUAAGGGCACUGGAAAUCUUACUGGGAUUAGUUGUAUAAAACAAAAAAAAAGCUUCUGCUGAGUUCUUUGUGCAACCUGUCUGUUUGUGCCUUUUUUGAUAGUCUUGAUAUCUGAGAUUUGAUGUGCAGCUUUCGUUCAGUCGGGAAUCCGUUGUAAUUGCAGUAUAUGCGCUUAAAAAUGAAUACAAUCAAGUCUGGGGGG